GAUACAUAUCUUAUUCGUUACAAAAUACAAAAAACUUUACAAUUUAUUUGUAUUCGAUCCCAAUCAAAAUCAAGAAAUAUGGCGUUACAUGACAUACAUGCUUAUACACUCCGAUAUUUAUCAUUUACUUAUGAACAUAACAAUGCAACUUGUGGUAGCAGUGCCUUUAGAAUGGUAUCAAGGUAAUAUACGACCGGCAAUUGUUUUUAUGGCUGGUAUUGUAUUUGGAACACUUGGAACAUUUAUCUUUCAAACGGAAACGAAAGUUAUAGGUGCAUCAGCUGGUACAUAUGCGUUACUUUUAUCACAUUGUGCUGACUGUUUUAUGAAUCGUAGGCGUAAAAAUGUGAUAAUCCAAAUUUCUGCAGUAUGUUUUAUAAUAUUUAUUGAUGCGUGUUAUGUAAUAUUUCAUGUUUAUAAUAAUGGAAAUGUAUACCCAAAAAUUGGAUGGUCAGCACAUUAUUCUGGUGCAGUAAAUGGAUUUUUUCUUGGAUUUGUUAUAUAUAAAGGAACUUAUGCCAAAAGUGAACAAACAACGUAUAUAAAAGCGCUUCGAGGUGUUUGUGGUAUCGUAUGGUUAACAUUAUUAGUGACGGCAAUCACAAUGAAUUUAUUAAAAAUGAAUAUUUGAUAAUAAUUUACCAAUAUAGUGGCGUUAGAACUGGGUGAUCGAAUUUUUAUAUUAUAGCUCUCGUCUAAAAUAAUGAGUAAUAAGCUCAGCAGCGAUUCAAACGACGAUUACUUCCCCCACUGUAUCAAUAUUAGCAAUAUUUAUAUUUCAAAUGAGCCUGUCCAUUAAUAUUUUUUUAUAUUCUCAUUAAAGAAAAUUUCCCUGAUGAUUCGAAGCUAUUAAAGCCACCAUGAAUAAUAAUCACGGAAAUAUAAAGUUUAAUUUUUUUUCCCACAAAUUCAUAUACAAAUGAAAGAAAUAAUUCAUCUAGAAGAAUUCAUUUUAGAAUGAAAAAAGACUUGUGAUGUGACGUCUUAAUAUAUGUUGAGGCUGGGAACCAAUCGGAAUCACGCUAAAUUCACAUUUUUUGGCUUGUUUCUAUGUAAAAUUAUUAUGUAACAAUAUAUUAACAACAAGUUGGAAGAAAAACCAUUAAUCAUUUUGUAUGUAAUUUCUCCGUAUUUCUCCGUACAGUGGCGUUACUCCGUGAAGUUGACGUCACUGGCGUUUGCAGGUUCACCGGCAUUAAUAUACAUUCGGCUUUAAAAUCAAAAGAUAAAAUUUAGACAGGCUCAUUAUAUUAUACACAUGUAUUUCUCAGGUAUUUAAAAUAGUUACACAGAGUGUGUUUCGAAUCAUCGAGAUCGAAAACUAUUUAAAAAUUGUAAUAAAAUAUUGAUGGUAAGGAGAUCAGUUCUAGAUAAAUGAUUCAAUACACACCUCCCGUAUAAACUACGAAUUAUUACAAUAAUUAAAUUUUUAAUUAAUCGCAAUUAAUAGUACUUAAAUAUAUAAUGAAAUCGCGAAUAUCUCAGCACAAACUUUUUUCAAACAUCUCGUACCAAAUAUUCAAAUUUUUAAAGGUAUACUCAUAUAGACAUGAUAAGAUAUACAGGAUGAGUCAUGAGAAGCGCAUUAAACUCUAGAAAUGAAAUCAAAAUAUUUAAAACUAAAUCAUUCAAUGGGUAAUACGACUGUUUUAAUCGUUUGCUGUGUCAAUUUUUAUUAAAACACAUGGAGUGUCGAAACACACUGAGCAAUAUCGAGCGGCUGGAGGCAGCUACUUAUCGUAAGACGCAUGGUACAAUUAGACAAGGUAUGAUCUUGCGCUGAUUCACUCUCUCACUCUUGGUUCAUCUCUCUCGCAUUCUUUUCACCAGUCUCCACCAUAUUACUUGAAGUUGCUAAGUCACAUCUGUCAAUGCGCAUUUCUUUUUUCUUAAUUGGUUACGCGUCGGUGAUACGAACGUACUGUGUCUAAUUGUAAUUGUAUUAUUCUGGAGUUUGAUACGUUUUUCGUGAUUGACUCGAUAUAGGCCAAAUAGGAUUAUGCUCGAAAUUCGAAAAUGUAUGUGCCAUAGCUUAAUUUAGAAGGAUAUUACGUUCUGCGCAUGGCUAAAGUAAAACGGUAAAUGUUAUGUUCAUUUUCUGGGCGAGUAGAAGAUCUUUAAAAAUCUAUUUGUAUCUACUUUAAAUUUUACUCGAAAAUUUUUGUAUAUAUUUAUAAUAUUGAGGAAUUCUGGCUCAAUAUAAAUUUUAUAGAUUUUACUCGUUGUAAAUAAAAUUGUUUGGUAUAAAUUAGUUAACAUAGGGAAAGAAUUGGAAACUGCAAACAGGGUAACAAAAAAUAACGCGGCCACUACGGUUGUAUUCAUGAAAAUCAAAUGUUUGGAAUUUACAAAAAAAAAAAUUUAUCAAAGUAAAUUAUUACAUAUACCCUACUUAAACUAAAAUUACAUAUAUCCUACUAAAAAUAUUACUUUUCUACUUUAAAAAUUUGUUAGUACUAGUAAUUGAUUUAGCUAAUAUAUACCAAAUAAUUUUAUUUACAAUAUGAAUUAUUUGAAACUAUUCGUUGCGUGCAGAACUAAAAGCAACACCCCUCGCGGAAAUAUAUGAUUUAUUAAAAUGAAUUUUCACACAACGGCAUCGUAUUGUCGAUAUUUUAAAUUAAUAAUACUAUUUAUCUAAAAAUAUAGACAAUAUUAUAACAUACAUGAUGAAAUCAUUAUGUGGAAGGAAAUUCAUAUUAAUAAUAGAAUGAAAUGAUAUGAAUCUUCUUGAGAGAAAUGCAGUUACAAUUAACAAAAUGCUUUGAAUAACUGUAUAAAUAUGAAUAGUUUAAUUUUUUAUAACAAAUAUUAUCGCAAAAUAAAUAAACAGGUAAAUAAGGGCCGUGUAAGUUCCGUAGAAAUAUAAUGAGUAAUGAAUUUCCAGCUAUUGAACAAUUGUUUCAAAUUUCAGGAAAAUUGUUAAUUAAACUUAUAAAUAUUUGGUCUCGCGGUACUAAAUUCGGCUCUGUACUCAACGAAUAACUAAUAUAUAAUUAUAC